AGAAAUUUUGAAACUAAGGAAACAACAUUCAAAAUUGAACUUUAUGAAAGUAGUGGUGAAGGUACUGUUAUAAUUCAACCUAAAAAUACAAAACCAGAAACAAUUGUUUUUCAAGACUCUGUUGAAUUCUCUCGUAUUUAUUAUGGUUCUCUACUAUUCUUCACCAAUAGUGGAAAAGAAACCUUAAAACUUACCACCGAUUGCCCUUAUGAGCCAUAUGUUUAA